UUGAGGCAAAGCGCGGAGGCGAAGAUGGGGGUGCGCUGAAAGAACGGGCUCGGCCAGGAACGGAGACUGCGGCGCUUGGAGUUCCGGGGGGGUGUCAAAAGAUGGGGGCGGUGGACUGCCAUUGCCACCUCGCGGCGCCCGAGUUCCAAGGGGACAUUGAGUAUGUAUUAGAAGAAGCAAAGAAGUCCAGAGUAUUGGCCCUGGUGGUAGUAGCUGAACAUGCAGGAGAUUUUGAGAAAAUUAUUCAACUUUCAGAAAGGUACCCAAGAUUUGUCUUUGGAUGUCUGGGCGUCCAUCCAGUUCAAAGCAUUCCAGCAGGAUCUGAGCGCAGUGUUACUUUAAAGGAUUUGGAUGAAGCAUUGCCACUCAUAGAACUUUAUAAGGACCGCUUGCUGGCCAUAGGAGAGGUUGGUCUGGAUUUCACACCCCGAUUUGCUAGUGCUGAUGAGCAGAAAGAAGAGCAAAGACAAGUCUUGCGCAAACAGAUUCAAUUAGCAAAACAACUAGAUUUGCCUCUAAAUGUCCACUCCCGCUCAGCUGGAAGGCCAACCAUUAACCUCUUAAAGGAGCAAGGUGCAGAAAAAGUGCUGCUCCACGCAUUUGAUGGCAAGCCGUCAGUAGCUUUGGAAGGGGUCAAGGCAGGAUACUUUUUCUCUAUUCCUCCUUCCAUUAUAAGGAGUGAACAGAAGCAGAAGCUGGUGAAGCAGCUGCCACUAGAAAGCAUUUGCUUAGAAACUGAUUCUCCUGCAUUAGGACCUGAAAAACAGGUGAGAAAUGAACCAAAGAAUAUCUUCAUUGCUGCAGAAUAUAUUGCUAAAAUAAAAGAAAUAUCAGUGGAAGAAGUUUUAAACAUCACUACACAGAAUGCACUGAAGGUCUUUCCCAAACUGAAAACUUUCCUCGGGAAAUAGCUAAUAUUUUGCUGUGAUAUUCUUCUGAUCCAGCUUUGAUGUACAUCUCAGUGGAACUUCCCAUCCUGCCUGAUAUCAAGUUAUAUUGAUUCUGUUUUUGACUCUUCCAUCAUGUCGGUUGAUCAAGAAAGCUAUGUACCAAACAAUGCCAUUGCAUUUCUCUUAAUACCAUUUUCCCCCAGAACUUUCACAUUUGCUUAUUUAACAGUGAAUUAAUGAAAAGCACAGAAACAGAUAUUAGUGAUAGAAUCAAGCCAUUUAAUUCUCAUAUUUGCAUGCCUGCUCAUCCAGAUGUAAUUUUGUCUUUUAUAUUCACAGUACAGUAGUGCAGGCUGGGUUAGCAGAGAAAGAAACAUGUCAUUUUGGGAGCAUUUUAGCAGAGUAAGGAUUCGAACCUGAGUUUUCCUCUGGAAUUCUAAUUCCUUACCAUGGGUUUGCAGCUAUGCAAGGAACUGCAUGAGAAGGUCAGAACAAACGUGAGGCAAUUAGACUGAGGGGGUGAGAUACCUUGACAUAGUUGCAAACCUUUUAAAAGAAUCUGGAUUGUGCAAUUUCAGAUCCCCUUACAUACAAACCUCAUCUGACUAAAGGGUCAUUUCUCAUUCACUUAGGAUUGCAUAAUAUUUUUCCUACACUUGACUACAUGGAUUUAAAGUAUGGGUAUAUGAAUUUAAAAGACAUUCAAAUUAAGCUGUAUCCUGAAACAAUUUUAGUUUGCAUCUUAGAGUCUCCCUGGGUCCAUUGGGAUGCUUAAUAUGAGUUUGUAACUUGAUUUUCUGCAGGCCCCCCAUUUCUUUGGAUGGUACAAUACUACUUAGUACAUCUAUUUUUAAAGCAGAAAUUUCCAAUUUUUUUUUCAGCAUCACACACAUCCCUUUUUCUAAGAAACCCACAUGCCACUCUGGCUCUCCUUUACUGUCCUCCAAACCCUUUUAAAAUAUAUUUAAAAAUUAAAAAUAAACACAAACAAUCUAAAUAAAAAUCAAAACUAUUUUAAAUGCUUUAAAUAAGAAUAAACAUGAAUUGUUUUUAUUGAGAAAUCUGCAAUACUGGUUCCAAUGAAUCUCACAAUCCUGCAUCCCCUUAGAAUUUCAUAACAACUUUCUAGGGUCACUCCCCUCAGUUUGGGAACCAAUCAUUUAAAGUCACAUGCACUCCUACUUUCAGGCUUCUGUAGAAAGGACUCUGGCAAAACAAUGCUACUGUAUUUCCAAGUCAAGAAAAGAGUUACACAAAAAGCUUUAAAUAACUGAUUAAAAAAAAGACAUAGCUACUGCACAGUAUCAAGCAGUCAUUGCUAUUUCUCAAGUACUGCAUCACAAAGGUCUUUGAACUAGUUCUGUGUACUAAAAGUUAUGAAUUUUUAUGUCACCAGAACCAUACAAUCAACAAUAAGGAGGACUGUCAA